GUGCGAUGCGAAGGAGUACGUAAUGUGUGAAAGGAACAGGGAGGAAAUGGUACGAGUCCGCGAACGGAGCUGAACGGGGGACCCCUUGCACAACGGCCUGCAGCUCGCACACGCGUCGCGAGGAGCUGCCUGUCCGAUGGGCGCGGGGUUCCUUCCUCCGCCAGCCAUCCGCGAACCAUGGCUGGGCGAGGUCUCCGGCAGAGCCCACUGCGGCGCGCACGACGAGCACGGAGCGACGAGCGCGCAGCGCCUGCGGGUGCGUCGCCCGUGCAGAAGCCGGGAUUCGAUUCGCGACGCGAGCAAGGACGGAGCCUGGCUCCAGCUGGCGCGGCCGCGGACGCUUAGAGGAGGCUGGCGAUUCUGGGGUGCUCCCCAGCAGGGAUCGUCGCCGCCUGUGCCGGCGAGUGCACGCCUCGUCCGAGAGCCUCAGCGCGGCCUCCCAGGCCAGCCCCAGCCGUCCCUCGCAGUCAAGAACAACAGUCCCCCUCGACCGGGUGCUCUCUCAGGCGUAGCGCCCCUUACGUCCCAUGCCAUCCCCCUCGUCCUCCACGGCCUGGCAGAGAAUUUCGUUUGCGUCGUUUGA